CUUCACAAAAUAUGAUAAAAUCACAAUAUCUGGCUCUGUAGUUUACAAUAAAAUGUUUUUAUUGCAGUUCAGUCAACCACAUCAGAUUCAGAGGACAAUAUGCCAAGUAGUGAUGAUUCCUUCACUGAGUCUUUAACUGAUGUGCCAGAGCUUUCUUUGGAUGAUGGAGUUGAGACGUUGAUAAAGGCACAGGAUUCUUCUACGAAAGACACUUAUGAGAAUGAAGCACAAAAGAUGUUUUUGGGAAUAUUUGAUGUCCAUAUUGAAAAUCUCAUCCCACCUUCGCCAAAAAGAGCAUCAAGACUGCUGGACCUUGAACACGUGAAGUUUUUAAUGGACUCUUUUCAAAGUGGAGUUUUUCAACAACUUACAUUACUGGUGGGAAUGGUCCCUGACGAUUGUGACCCGUCGAAAUUAAAGAUGAAAGGUGCCGGACAGGUUGAGACCCUUGGAGGGAAUCACACAAGGGAAGCCCUUCAGGGUCUUCUAAGGCGUGGUCUCGCAACUAUAACCACAGUCAAAAUGAAUAUUUAUUCAGCCCUGUCAACAUGCACAGCCUUGACGGUGGGUUGGCAGCACAAUGUUUGCUUGCAGGAGAAGCAAAAGCCUCUAAGCUUCAUUGACAAGGUGAGGCUUAUGAGACAAGUUCGCCCAUCAAUGCACAUGUCACCAACGGAUAUGAAGGCUUGGAAAGAAACUCUGUCUUCCAUCUUUCAUGUGAAGGACAUCAGAAGAUUCCAGAAUUCGUAUGGACUGCAUAUGAAGAUGGCUCGGCUUGAACAGAGAGUUUGGGCCAUUGUGGAGGAAGUUUCGGGUGAUUCAGUGAAGAUCACUGAAAAAUUCUUCAGACCACUCUUGAAAAUUCAAUCAACCGAGGAUAUUGAGUCGUGUCUGAACAUUCUGCGAAGCAAAGGAUUAGCUGAAUAUAACAACAAAAUAAAGGAAUUUUUGGGAUCCAGACCACUUACAAAAAAAAGAAAGCAAACUGACCUGGAAGAUGAUGCCAAUGAGGAAUGUUCAAACACUUCUGAGGGACUCCUUGAGAAGUACAGCAAGGUAGUUGAUGAGCUUCAAAUGAUGAAGGACAAAUGUUCCAAACUGGAAACGGAAAACUCAGAAUUGAGGCGUCAACUGACAGAGCAUUGCUCGAAGUCCAAGGAAAAUUCAUCAAAGGACAAAGAAAUUGAAGCAUUCUGGAGAUUUGAAGACGGACGAGAGGAAUGGUUGCCGGCCAAAUUGAUCCGAAAAUAUGCUAACGGAGAGUGUUCAGUCCAGUACUCUGAUGGAGUUAGUAGAGUGAGGUCCUCAUGGGUGAGAGAGGUGGGACAGAUGUAAGGUCAUCCUAUUGCCACAUCUAGAAGCUAUACCUAUUUUCUCAAGACUAAAAAUGUCAUGAACUUAAAAUAAAUGUUGUUAUCAAUAUAUGCAACCAGAGUACAUAUUAAGGCACUUCAUGUUAUUUUUCUGAAUGAUUGAAGUCAGGUUUCUCAUACUAAGACAUUUCCCUGUCAAGUUAUGGAAUUAACUUAAAUUUUAUGGUGUGAAAUUUCUGUUUUAUAAAAAAAUGCAUAGAUAAUUUUUAUCAAAUUGUGAGACUGAUAGCUUCAUUUUUUUUAUCAAAUCAUGCAAAUGAUUGCCCUUUUUUUGAAGUAAAAAAAAACAACAUGAAUUUUACAUCACACUGAUGAUCAUAUUUCAAGUGUAAGCAUUAUUCUACAUCUUUUUCUUCAGUUUAAUGUUGGAAUUGAAUAUUCCCUAAUCAACAAUUUGAUUCUCUUUACUGCACUUUUGUUUAUGUGCAUUAUCCAAAGAAUGUUUGAAUUCCAUUUUGAAAUGCUUGAUGAGAACUUGUCUUUUCACUUAGGUAUAUGCUUUUUUUGAUUAUUGGUUUUGUUCAGUGGUGGUAAUCAUAUUCUUCUUAUGUCAUUUCGGUCAGUAGAAUAUGGGACUUGUAUAUAACAGUUUAUAUGUUAGAAUGGUUUAUGAGAUUAUUUUAAAUAAAACUAUUUUUGAAUUUCUUUCGCUAAAUAAACAAAAGUUAAUUAAAGAGAUUUCACGUUUCUUACUGUUGCAAUCAAUUUAAUAUCUUAAAAUAACCUGAGAUCUUUUGGGAAACUAGACAGAAAAUAAGUUCUAAUGGUGAACAAUUCGUAUUCAGUCAGCCUUUGUAAGCCAUUGUAACUGUGAAUGUGUUCAUGUGCAUUAUUCUAACAUUUUUUCGAUUUCGGUUUAGAAAUGCUUUGUAUGAACUUGUCUUCAUUUUAAUAUGCUUAAUUAAAAUUGAUUUUGUUAAUUUGUGAUUACCAAUGUUUUAUUUUGUAUGUCCUAUAUGAUGUUUGAGUAUUUCAGAGAAACAAUAAAGUUCUGCCCUUACAAUACAUACUAAAAUUGUGACAGAAUUGUUUAGUAAUGAAAAUACAAAUUGCAGCAAUUGCACCUGUUAAAGAACUUUGAAUGGUUAUACAUGUAAUAGCGGUAAAGAUUGUUUUAUUUAAAUAUUUAAUUUUUCAUAAUGACUUCACAUGUUAAAAAAAAAUGUUUAGCAUUUUUUAAUACUAGUAUAUUUUGAGAACUAAUUUAAGUGUGACAUAAAUAAUAUGGAAUCAUUCCCACUAUUUAAUAUAUAUUUUCUGACCUGCUGACUGGUGGAUUGAGUACAUAUUAGUAUACUGGUAUUGCUUUUUAUUUUGAAAAUUUCACUGAUUGAAAAUUUACACAACAUUUUGUGUGUUCUGUAUUUACUAUGCCCCCCUUCGAAGAAGAGGGGGUAUAUUGCUUUGCACAUGUCGGUCUGUCGGUCGGUUUGUCCAUCAGGUGGUUUCCGGAUGAUAACUCAAGAACGCUUGGGCCUAUGAUCAUGAAACUUCAUAGGUACAUUGAUCAUGACUCGCAGAUGACCCCCAUUGAUUUUGAGGUCACUAGAUCAAAGGUCAAGAUCACGGUGACCUGAAAUAGUAAAAUGGUUUCCGUAUGGUAACUCAAGAACGCUUAGGCCUAGGAUCAUGAAACUUGAUAUGUAGAUUGAUCAUAACUCGCAGAUGACCCCUAUUAAUAUGCAGGUCACUAGGUCAUAGGUCAAGGUCACAGUGACCCGAAAUAGUAAAAUGGUUUCCGGAUGAUAACUCAAGAACGCUUAUGCCUAGGAACAUUGAAACUUCGUAGGUAGAUUGAUAAUGGCUGGCAGAUGACCCCUAUUGAUUUUCAGGUCACUAGGUCAAAGGUCAAGGUCACGGUGACCCGAAAUAGGAAAAUGGUUUCCGUAUGAUAACUCAAGAACGCUUAUGCCUAGGAUCAUGAAACUUGAUAGGUAGAUUGAUCAUGACUCGCAGUUGACCCUUAUUGAUUUUCAGGUCACUAUAUCAAAGGUCAAGGUCACGGGGACCUGAAAUAGUAAAAUGGUUUCCGGAUGAUAACUCAAGAACGCUAAUGGCUACGAUCAUGAAACUUCAUAGGUACAUUGAUCAUGACUUGCAGAUGACCCCUAUUGAUUUUGAGGUCAAAGGUCAAGGUCAUGGUGACCCGAAAUAGUAAAAUGGUUUCCGGAUGAUAACUCAAGAAGGCUUAUGCCUAGGAUCAUGAAACUUCAUAGGUGCACUGAUCAUGACUCGCAGAUGACCCCGUUCGAUUUUGAGGUCACUUGGUCAAAGGUCAAGUUCACGGUGACCCGAAAUAGUAAAAUGUUUUUCGGAUGAUAACUGAAGAACGCUUAUUCCUAGGAACAUGAAACUUGAUAGGUAGAUUGAUCAUGACUCGCAGAUGACCCCUACUGAUUCUCAGGCCACUAGGUCAAAGGUCAAUUUCACGGUGACCCGAAAUAGUAAAAUGGUGUCCGGAUGAUAAAUCAAGAACGCUUAUGGCUAGGAUCAUGAAACUUCAUAAGUACAUUGAUCAUGACUUGCAAAUGACCCCUAUUGAUUUUCAGGUCACUAGGUCAAAGGUCAAGGUCACAGUUACAAAAAACAUAUUCACACAAUGGCUGUCACUACAACGGAGAGCCCAUAUGGGGGGCAUGCAUGUUUUACAAACAGCCCUUGUUAUGACUUGUUUUAUAAUUUGCUAAUAAUUUAAGAACUUAUACAUUUCAAAGUGGUUUACCUUCCUUUUUUUCAGUGUGAUUUUUUCUGUGUGAUUAUGCAUUUCUGGAAGUUUGUACCGCCGGCGUAACAUUUUUAAACAAUUAUCUGUCAUUGUGUUUAUGAUCCUCUGAGAGUUUGUACCGCCAGCGUAACAUUUUCAAAGAAUUAUCUGUUGUGAUUAUGAACCUUUGGGAGGUUGUACCGCCAGCGUAACAUUUUCAGUUAAAUUUUAAGGGUUAUAUCAUUUUGUGUGUUCUGUAUUUACAUUACUUGUAUAAUUUACUAUUAAAUUAAGAACUUAAACAUUUAAAAGUGGUUUGUGCGAUUUUUACUAUUGGUACCUUAGGGAGUUUGUACCGCCGGCGUAACAUUUUCAAGAAUUAUCUGUUGUUAUUAUGAUCCUCUGAGAGUUUGUACCGCCAGCGUAACAUUUUCAAAGAAUUAUCUGUUGUGAUUAUGAACCUAAGAACUUAAACAUUUAAAAGUGGUUUAUCUUCCUUUUUUUCAGUGUGAUUUUUUCUGUGUGAUUAUGCAUUUUUGGAAGUUUGUACCGCCGGCGUAACAUUUUUAAACAAUUAUCUGUCAUUGUGUACUUUUUGAGAGUUUGUACCGCCAGCGUAACAUUUUCAAAGAAUUAUCUGUUGUGAUUAUGAACAUUUAUGAGGUUGUACCGCCAGCGUAACAUUUUCAGUUACAUUUUAAGGGUUAUAUCAUUGUGUGUGUUCUGUACUUACAUUACUUGUAUAAUUUACUAUUAAAUUAAGAACUUAAACAUUUAAAA